AUGAGCGCUGUCGAACAACCUUCAUCUCUGGAUGAAAGUGCAAUCAGCAAUUCUACUCCUUCACCCAACACAGUAGAUGACUACGCUAACACAGCGAGUUCAGUAAGAAGCACCGAGUUAUCUGAUCAGGAAUUUGGGACAACUGCAACGUCAAGCGCAUUCAGCUCCAGGCCUUCAACGCCGCGUUCAGAAGCUGGCUUCCGCAGAUGGCGACCAGGCUUUCAUCUCAUUGCUCCCCGUGGAUGGCUCAAUGACCCCUGCGCUCCGGGCUACGAUCCCCAAAGAGGAAUCUACUCGUUGGGCUUUCAGUGGAAUCCUUAUGACUACAAAUGGGGGAACAUGUCUUGGGGGUCUGCAUUGUCCCUCGAUUUUGUGAACUGGGAUGUCUCUGACAGUCCAGCCAUGGAGCCUACGAAAACCAUGGACCGGUGUGGCGUUUUCACGGGAUGCAUGCUGCAAAGGGGCCAUGCCUCAAACGAUACCUCCGAAGCCACCGACAGUGACCGUUCAACCACAGUGGCAUUCUACACGUCUGCUCAGAAACUGCCUAUAACAUACAAGCAACCUUACACCCGUGGAAGCGAGCAGCUUCAUCUGGCGAUAUCUACCGACAACGGCCGUUCAUGGAUCAGGACAGCAAACAACACCAUUCUCUCUGAACCUCCCACAGACCUUGGAUCGUCCGUCAGAGGCUGGCGAGACCCUUUCGUGGCACCAUGGAAAGCGUUGGACAGAGCCUUGGGCAAAAAUGACUCAAAACCUGGAUUGUACGGCAUCAUCUCGGGAUCGAUACACCAACGAUCGCCAACGGUGUUUCUAUACGAGCUAGAUAAAAUGGACAUCACUAGAUGGGAGUAUUUAGGCCCGAUGAACGACAUCUCUGUCAACUUCUCACCAUCGCCUUGGUCAGGAGACUUCGGUGUCAACUGGGAAGUUGCGAACUUUGUCGACUUGGUAGACUCGGAUGGCACCGCAUACUCAAUCUUGAUUGUUGGUGUCGAGGGCGUUAGAAACUCCUCUGAAGGCCAAGAACGAAGUGAGCUGAUCAAAGAGCAUAAACAAAUGUGGAUGUCUGGCUCGUUAGGUCAACAAGAAGGCGGCGUACGAAUGCAUUACGAUUUUGGCGGAUACUUCGAUCAUGGCUGUUACUACGCCUCCAACGGCUUCCAAGACCCUGUCACUGGCAAUUUUGUGACUUUUGGGUGGAUCUUUGAAGAAGAUCUGUCGUCAGGGCGGGUUGCGCAGCAAGGCUGGAGCGGAUGUCUAUCCGUUCCACGGGCCAUUUCCAUGAGAUCCCUGCACAAUGUCACUGGUGCCCUCAGGAGUAGGAUCUGCGAUAUUGGCUGUGUUGGCUCUUUGGAAGCUAAUGGCAUUUAUAACCUAAAGGUUCUAGGCAUUUCACCCGAUCCGAGAUUGUCCCUGCUGAGAAACCAUGAACUUCACACCAGGUCCACAGAUCAAGUGGUCUGGUUUGAAGAGGGCAUGAAGAGGCAGUGGGAGUUUGAAGGAAGCUUUGGGGUUGAGGAGUCUGCCAUCGUCGGGAUGGAGAUCGCUCAUGACGAAGACUUUGCAACUUUUACCUCAAUUCUCUUCUCUCCCGUCGAGGAGAUCGUAACAAUAGACCGAGGUCGAUCUACAACAGAUCCCGGAAUCAACACGUCCCCAGAAAGAGCGAAGCAUACGCUUUUCUCCUUCGCCAAUGGAACAUCGGAAACCUUGGACCUACACGUCUUCUUCGACGCCAGUGUGCUCGAGGUCUUCGUCAACAGCAGGACGGCGAUCGCCACUAGAAUCUAUCCACAGGGUGGAAAGUGUUUCGGAGUACGCUGGGUGCUGCGGCAUUCUGGAGCAAGCGACAUCAUGAGUGAGCGGCGUCCACCAACGAUUCAAGGGACAUUUUGGUCGCUGAGAGAGUCUGUGCGGUUCUGCAAGAGUUGA